CCAUUCGCUGCUUGCUUGACUCACGGCGUGUAUCUGUCUAUCCAUCUUCCACUUCCGGACAUCCACCUCUUCUUCGGGGCAUUUGAUAUUUUACAGCAUUCAUAGAAUCGUCCCUGGAAAGCAACAGCAUCAAUGGCGAUAAAUAACAUUGUGGUUCUGGGAGCCGGCGUGUCUGGUCUUACCACUGCAUAUCUCCUCUCGAAGGACCCUUCGAAUAGCAUCACCGUUCUCGCUAAGCAUAUGCCUGGCGACUAUGACAUCGAAUAUGCCUCUCCAUGGGCUGGAGCCAACUAUCUCCCGGUGGGAAAGCGCGGCAGCGACCAUGAAAAGUGGGAACGCAACACCUGGCCAGCAUUGAAAGACCUUACCGAGAAACAUCCAGAAGCAGGCAUUCACUUCCAAGAAACAAUCGUCUACAACCGGGCCAAAGACCAAGGAUCCGCAACCGGAGAAUGGUUCUCUGAAUUGGUGCAAAGGAACCCCUGGUAUAAAGAUGUUGUACCGGACUUCCAAGACAUCCCAGCAAGCCAACUAGCCGAAGGCAUCGACAAUGCCUCGAAGUUCACCUCCGUCUGCAUCAACACAGCGAUCUACCUCCCGUGGCUGGUCGGCCAAUGCCGGCGCAACGGCGUGACCUUCCGCCGCGCGGUCCUCAAGCACAUCGCCGACGCCGCCACAGCCACGGCCAACGGCCAAACCGCGGACGUGGUAGUCAACUGCACAGGCCUGGCCUCCCGAACCCUAGGCGGCGUGCGAGACGCCAAGCUCUACCCGGCGCGGGGACAGAUCGUGGUUGUGCGCAACGACCCAGGCAAGAUGGUCUCGAUCUCAGGCAGCGACGACGGCGACGACGAGGUUGUCUACGUGAUGACGCGCGCCGCCGGCGGCGGCACCAUCCUCGGCGGCACCUACCAGAAGCACCAGUGGGAUCCGCUACCUGAUCCCAACCUCGCAGUGCGCAUCAUGAAGCGCGCGGUCGUGCUCUGCCCGGAGCUGGUGUCCGAGGGCCAGGGGGUUGAGGGGUUGGAUGUGAUCCGCCAUGGCGUGGGCUUGCGGCCCCUCCGUGAGGGCGGCCCGCGCGUCGAGGCGGAUCACGUCGAGAGCCUCGCCGUCGUGCAUAAUUACGGCCAUGGCGGCUUCGGGUACCAGGCUUCAUUUGGGUGCGCGGAUGAUGCGGUCAGGCUGGUUUAUGGGGUUUUGGAGCGGAAGGGUCGCGCGAAGCUUUGA